UCAGAAAUUGACAAAUAAAAAAGAAGUCAAGCAAGCAAAAAAAAAACUCUGAAAAGCAAUAUGUCAAAGAAUAGGAUUUUGGUAAACAAUCAAAGAAAAUUUUAAUUUUCUUACCAUUUCCCGGCCUAGAUGGAAGUGAAAAUGCAGCAUCGGACACGGGCACACAUGUUCCAGAUACAGGUCAAAGCGCUGAUCAAAACGCUGAAAUGUCUGCAGUCGGACGAUAAAUACCAAGCGCUACUGUUUCUGAUCUCGGCCAUCAAGUUGUACGUCAAGUUCCUGUAUAACGAUUGCCAGGAACGGCUCUGCAAGCCUGCAAUACUCAAAGAGUUGAACAAUAUCGAAAAUGUGAUUGUGCUAAACCUGCUUAAAUCGCGUAGUGCACCAGCGUCCGGCUCGUCGCUGUCGGUUGCUACCGGCCACACGACCGUCUCCUCGUACGGUGAUGAGAUUGUAGGAAAAUCGUGUCUAGAUAUCGAUACCAGCACCAGUGUACGGUGCACGGAUGUGUCGCUCGGGAGUGACGGUUUGCUACUGAUGCACCCGCACCGAACCACCGCCGCCCACAGCUUGCCCGCACUUGCCCCCUGGGACCUACGGGGGAAGCUACUGCGAGGUAAUCUGUUCGAUGGGUUGCCACUGACCGGGAGCGCUAGCCUUGGCACGGAACUGAUCAGUAAAGGUGGUUCGCUGCUAAAGACGGGUCAGCGCGUUGCAAGUGGAAAUCGGUGGUUGGGAAAUGUGCGUAUGAAUCGUGCGCUGGUUCGUAUGAUCGCUAAUCACGACUUUAAGCUGCUGUUCAACAUGUUCGAGCAAAGCAUCUUUCCGGCGUGGAAAAUUUACAAAAAUGAACGAAUAUUCGUACGGAAACGGCCUGCUCUAACGACGGUAACGGUACGCACUUCGCUUCCCGCCAUUUGUUACGGAAGCGGAUCGUCUCACUCGCCUCCCGCCACCUACAUCAAAAAGGAGGAGUUCGAUUUCGAUCCACCGUACUCGAUUACGGAUGAUCAUAGCUUCGAGGAGCUGAAGGAUGAGGACGAUGAGGAUCUGUUGCUGAUGAAGGAAGACGAUUCGAUAGACAAUUCGAACGAAAUCUUCUCGGAGGAGGAAUCUUCGACGAACAACACCUCACUGAUGCUGUCGUCCGAUACGAACACGCUGGACACGAACGAUUCGAGUAUGGUUUCGCACGAGCGCAACAAGGAGCAGGUGUACCAGUGCUUACUAUGUGAUAAAAGCUAUAGGAAACGCAAAUCUCUUGUCAUCCACUUUAGUCACCAUCCGGGCUUCUGUCCCGAUUGUGGCAAACAGCGAGGAGUAACGUCCGAGGAAAUCGUCGAGCACAACCGAAUCUAUCACAAAAACCGGCCUCACAUAUGCGAACACUGCGGGGAAACCUUCACACGGAAUCAACAGUAUCAGAUACACGUCCAGGGACAUUUUAUAAGUAAAGAUAGAGUAGCGGAGCAAAAUUGUAAAAAAACUCACAAGUACAGCUGUAAAACAUGCAGUAUCGUGUUUAACAAUCAGAAGUAUCUCGAAAAGCACAUCCAGAAAACCAACCACCAGGCGGAAGGUUUGGUGUGUGACAUUUGUGGUGCAAUAUUUUCCAACAGUAUCAAACUCAGCCAGCACGUCAGUCGCACUCAUCACAACGUGUUUACACCGAAAGCUUCCUUAGAAAGGAGUAUGCUCCUGCAGGGAACAAGCGUUACGGAUAAAGCGUACACCUGUGAACAGUGUGGCGCUUCGUUUCUCUCACAACCAUCACUACGGGAACACAUCAAACUAUCACAUUCCGUUCCGGAAAACAAAUUCGAGUGCAAUAUUUGCAACAAACUGUUUGCCGCCAAACGGUCCCUCAAACGCCAUAAACUUUGCCAUUCGGACGAGCGCGCCUUCCGCUGUACGGUGGAAAAUUGCAAGGAAUCGUACAAAAAUCAGUCACACCUUGCCCGCCACAUGAAGACGGCUCACCACAUUGAUCCACCUUCGAAACGGUUACAGAAGGCAAAGGCGGCAGCAGCAGCGGCGGCCGCAUCUUCCGGGGUAACAAAUACAGCGACCGCUGCAUUAGUCGAUCCUAGCUCGACCAGUGCGGACUUUAUCGCGCACGGGGACGGUACAACGCUGAUGGGUGGCGGAGGAUCGUGUGAUUCGCUCAAGGGAAUUGGUGGCACGUUGAAGAAGUCGCUUGGAAGUAGUGAAAAAUCGCUUGGUGACAGUAGCACCAACUUUAGCGAUAAUCUCUCAUCGUUUAAUUACGAGUUUUCCGAUGCGACUACGGCCGGAACGUCAACGCCAGCGCUUGCCGCUACAUUGAGUGGUGAUGGAGGUGGGACAGGCUUGCUUACUGGUGCUAACAGUACGCUCACGAGCAAUCGUACGUCAGCGUUAACUUGUGCCGUUAGUGGACCGCAAGGUGCGUUUAACGAUCCCGUUAUUAGCUUCGGUGCGAAUAAGCCACAGCCUCAGCAGCAACAUCAGCAACAGCAACACCUCGGAGCAUGGCAGAAUCUCGAGUUCGCUUCUGCGGCAACGCAUCGAUCGGCAGCACUUCCAGGCGGUGUCGGUGGUAUGCAACCGCUCCAGGAUCAACUGGCAACGACCGGUAGCUUUAUGGAUGGUGGUGGCCAUCAUCCACACAUGCAAAACCAUCAAACCAUGCAGCAGCACCAACCGCCACAGCACCAUCACGGACAACCAGGCUCGAUCACGAAUCAGAUGAUUGGUACGGGAAGUAAUUUUAUGACCACGGGAACCAGUUUACCGACAGUAGUAGCGAGGAGAUUCCCUCUUCCCGAGGCUAAUUUCAUGUGCGAACACUGCGACGAAACCAACUUCAUUAACGCGCAACAGUACCAGCUGCACGUGCAGGACCAUUUCUCUGCCAAGGAGGGUAAAGAUCAUCCCAGCAAAAAGCUGUUACGGUUAAUCUGUAAAACAUGCAAUUUGGUGUUUGCCACUGGAGCACAGCUCGAUCGGCACAUACAGAAAACGAACCAUCACACCGAAAGCAUCGCGUGUGAAGUUUGUAGUGCAAUAUUUAACUCCAACCUCAAGGUUUACCAGCACAUGUUAAAGAGUCACAAGAAUGAUGUUUGGUUUGCUUGUGAACAAUGCUCAAAGGUUUUCAUAUUGAAACAGGACUACGAUAAGCACCAGCUAGUGCACCAAACGGUGACGGAUCGAUCGAUCAUCUGCGAGCACUGUGCAUCGUCCUUCCUGACCCAGGAAGCGCUAAAGGAACAUAUCAAAAUUGCCCAUUCGAUGGAUAAGAAAUACAAAUGCAACAUUUGCAACAAACUGUUCGCUGCUCGUCGAUCGCUCAAACGCCAUAAACUGUGCCACGAGGAGGAGGCCGCCUUCCGAUGUCCGGUCGACGGUUGCAAGGAUGCCUUCCGUACGGCAGCAAACCUGGCCAAGCACAAAAAGAUGGCCCACCCAGCGACGGGACUGGUUGCGGUUUCGGCGGGCAUGAAUGUGAUGGUGCACGAUCCAAUCGCCGAUAAGGUUGGUGCGGGCCUUGGGAUGCCUUCCGGGGUUAAAAUGCUACCGGGCACGUCCAAUGUUCCCGUUGGUGGUAGUGGUGGUGGUGGAGUAACGAUGAAGGGUAUGGAGAAGGUAGCGUUACACCACCAGGAAGCUUCCGGUGUGACCAUGUCACCGGGACCGCAGACGAAUGUGAUGGGCGGUCAGCUUGCUGCAGCAAAUCCAAUGAUGGGACUAAAUUCUGGGCCCGCGGGUAUUAAGACGGACGGACGAUCAUCCGCUGGCGGUAUGAUGGUGGUGCCUCCGUCACGAACCAGCAGCGCUGGCAGUAGUGUCGGAAUGGGUGGCAUUAACAAUGGGAGUAGUGGUGCUAACAUACCGUACAAUCCGUAUGAUGCUGGAGGAAUAAACUACAAUAGUGUAUUAGGACCACCAGGCGUUGGGACGAGUGGACCUCAUCAUUCCCAUCACCAUCAUCACCAUCACCUUCAACAGCAGCAACAGCAACAGCAACAGCAACACCAACAGCAGCAAGCUCAGCUUGUGCAGCAGCAUCAUCCGCAGGCUCACUCACAUCACCAUGCUCAAUCUCAGUUUGUUGGAAUGGGCGGUAAUCCAGUUAGCUCCUCUGGCCUCCAUUACUCAGCGCGGGGCGCUGCCGGUGCUGGAGGAGGUAGCGGACCAGUCAGCACUCCGGAACAGCAAUCCGUUUCAAUGGCGUAUCGCAUGGGAGAUUCCACUGUUCCAGGAUCUGCUGCAACUGCCACAACAAACUCCGCCAACAUUCCAUACGGGUACAGCCAGAUGAACAAUGCGUUCGAUUGGCAGGGUAUGGAGAUGGGAACGACGGCCAAUGCUGAGCCAGGCCUAAUAAGUGGAUCACCCGCUGGACAAUCGCAAGGUGCUCCCGGUAGUAGCGGUACCAUGAAGAGUGCAAGUAGCAAUAAAUAUUACAACCCAAUGCAUGAAGCAGGCGGUGGUGGAGCGACAGGUACGUCAGCGGUUGGCGGUAGCCCUUCGACGGGUUUUCUUUCGCCUCAGCAGCUGCAGCAUCAAUCUCCUCAUCACGCCCAACACAUGCAGCAUCAUGCACAGCAAGCAGCGCAACUUCAGCAGCAGCAGCAGCAGCAGCAACAACAUCUUCCACACCACGCACAUCAUGGACAACAGGUUGGUGGUGGAUUACAGAACAAACCUGUUCAAGACCAGCAUAAUACCCAUCAGCAGCAACAGCAUAUGAUGAGUAUGAACAGUCAGGACAUGAUGGGCUAUCAGGAUAUGUGGAACGCGAAUAUGAUGAAAAUGGACUUCCAAGACGAAGGAAACAAUGCAAAUACGGCGAGCAGCGGUGCAUACAGCAGCUUGGGAAAUAUUCUUAACAAUUUGGAAAUGAUGGGCGGUAGCAAUAGUACUUUCGAGCAGCAACAACAACAGCAGCAACAGCAACAACAACAGCAAACCCAGCAGCAAGGCUAUGACAUGAUAUCCACCCCACGUACAAGCGCUGACACUCAUCCACAGAGAGUGCAGUCCGCCCAAUCGCCCGUAUUAACGCCUCAACAAGUACAACAUCAUCAACAUCAUCACCAGCAGCAGCAACAGCUGCACCAACAGCAACAACAGGCACAUGCGAAAGGUAGUCACUACCACAAGCAGCAGCAACAUCCAUCACACGGACACGCCACCACUCAAAUGCUGCCCGCUGGUGUAGAGCCGGGCCAACUGGUGAACCAGCACCAUCAUCAGCAUCAGCAAUACUUUCCCGAACAUCACGGUGGGCCGCAUCAGCAGCAGCAGCAACAGCAGCAGCAACAAAUUGGUGCGCCACCACCUUUGGGUACGAUGCCCCAUUCAAAAUCGCUCGAUCACUAUCAGGACGCAAAUAGUGCGGCUGCUGCUGCUGCUGCUGCCGCAUCGGCCGGCAACAUGUACGGCAUGAAUGUGUACAUGCAGCGACACUCCAUUGAUCAACCCUAUCACUAUACGAUCGCAACGCCCUACGGUGGUGCGCAGGCUGUUUCAUCGGCAAGCGCCAUCCAACCAACGUUCGACGGUGGUCCGCUCGAUGGAAUGCUAGCGUGUGGUGGGGGAGUAGUGGCUGGCGGUGUAGGCGCCGGUGUUGCCGGUACCGGUGUAAGUUGCGGCAGUAACAAUCAUCCUUAUAAUAAUGUUCCAGGGAGCGGCAGCACCAGCGGACGCUAUCCACCGAUGCCGUACGCUGGCAAUGCAAACUUCCCGAUGGGAAUUCCACCCGGACCGAUGUUUAUGAAUGGUGGGGGCCAGAUGAAGCAUCUACAGAAUGGGAUGGUGGAAGGAUGCGGAUCCGGGUAUCGGCAUGCGGCAAUGAACCUGGGCUACCCAUCGUAUCGUGGCCCGAACGGUGCUAUGAUGUCUGGAUCGUACUACCAUCAAUCGCCGAUGGAUGCUUCAAUCUACGGUGGUACCUCAAUAGCAACCCAAACGGCCGCCUACGGUUCGACAGCCCAGCCAGGAAGUUCGAUACUAACCAGCAAGAAAAAAAUGCACGAUGAUUACGAUAUCGUGUCGAGUAGUGUGCGCCGAUGCAACGAUGCCACGUUACGUUCCGGUAGUGGAUGUGCCAAAAAGUUGGACCGUUAUCACAAAAAUUCUGAGCUGCUGAUUGAUUACGAGAGCGAUAUGUUGCCGGAAGCGUUGGCCGAACGGAAUCUGAAAGAGCAGCAGCAGCAACAGUAUCAUCACCAUCAUCACUAUUUGCAUCAUCAGACGUCACGCAACUCACGGCAAUCGGACUUCGACAGCUACGAAGACGAGCAGCUACAGCGCGAACAGGAGCAGAGUAGCAGCAAUGCUGCAGCGCGUCGGAUUUCGAGCAAAAAUCAGGACGGAAUCGGAUGCUACGAAACGUGGAACUAUGUGUAUCAAAAUUUGGAAAAGCAAGGCUACACAAAGGAUCUGGGAGAAAGGGGCGAUUUUUUGGUGGAUGAACUGGACGAUGGUGACGAUGACAGGAUGGAAGAGGAAGAGGAUAUUCGUCGAUCGUCAAGACGCAGGGCGGAGCUGGUGGAUGAUGUGCAUGGACACUCGAGCAGAAGAGAAUCGACCAAUAACGCUUCCACCAGCACGACGCUGCGCCGCAAUCACAACGAGAAGCUAAAAGCGAUGAAACCGAAGGCUGCCGACAAGGUGGACGGUAUAAUCCGACAGUCGUCGGCCGGUGUGGCGAAGCAAAGUGCCGCAACGGAAAACCGUACACGACACGAACGACACCCUUCGUCUGGUUCAGCGGUCACUUCCGCCAGUAUGGUGCAGAAGGUGGCAAAAAUGUCGCUUUCCAACAAUGCCACAACCGAUGAUCUGUUGGGGUUGGAACAGAACGGUAAACCCGAUGUCGCCAGCAUCCACAACAAUAGCCGACGGAAUUCGGUGACGAAAAAACAAAUCACACCUCAGGGCUCUGGUUCUUCCUCGUCCACCACGGGCGGUGGUCCGGUGGUGAAGGAAACGAAAAAUAACAGUACGAGCACGGGCAUUUUGGUCAACAGCCAUCACCACCACGGUGCGUUGAACAGCAGCAUCGGAAGUGGUUAUCCGAGUGCCGGCGGUGGUAAUAUAGCGCCCGCGAAGAAGAAAACGGCCACAUUCGAUACCGGUGCGGUAACGAUCAUCAACCCUAGCCCGACAGGUGGCAGUCCCGGUAGUGCUGCCGAAUGGAAUUGCAAUUUCUGUACCUACCUAAACCCGGAUGUCAAACGCAUCUGUGAUAUGUGCUCCAAGAGUCGUGACUUUCGGCUCGAUGGAACGGCUGCGACCGGUACCACGACCACCACCAGCAAUGGGACAACGGCAACUUGUGUUUAA